AUGAUGGCUCGCACUGGAUUCGUUGCUCUGGCCUGCGGCAUGCUUGGCGCCGCCAACGCCCUCAAGGUGUCCACGCCGUCGAAAGGUCUCACCGUCAUCGCGGACCGGACCUACACCGUGGAGUGGACCGGCACUAGCUCGGACAACCGUUUCGAGAUCGACCUCUACUACUGCGGCUCGAUGUGCAUGGAGGACGACUGCGGUGACUGGGUGACGGCCCUGUGCCCGUACGGCGAGGACGGCUGCCCGGACAACGAGGGCGACUACGACAUCGUCAUGCCCGAGCCCAUGAGCGGCACGUCCGGCUCGGGCUACAAGGUUCGCGUGUGGGACAUCCAUGACGAAGAGGACGCGGACUGCUCGGACGAGUUCUACCUGAUUGCCUCGAGCGAGGCCCCCUCCGUGGGCGACGAGGACGGCCCGACCCUGGAGGUCACCUCGCCUGCCUCGGGCGACCUGGCCACGACGUGCGGAGAAUACACCGUCGAGUUCGACUACGACAACGGGGUGGGAUCGCGCGUGGACCGGUUCGCGAUAGACCUCUACCGUGCUGACGGAGACGGCGACUGCGGGACCUACGUGCAAUCUAUCUGCGACAAGCCUACCAUCGGCUGCAAGGACUCGAAUCCCGUGCGACGCGGACGCUGGAGAGUACAAGAUUCGGGUGGCCCGCUUCGAGGACGAUUCUCUCUACUCGUGCUCCGGUACCUUCACGAUCGAGGAAGGCGAUGACAGCGAUGAUGAUGACAGUGACGACGACAGCAGCGAUGAUGAUGACAGUGACGACGACAGCAGCGAUGAUGACGACAGCGAUGACGACAACGACAGCAGCGAUGAUGACGACAGCGAUGACGACAACGACAGCAGCGAUGAUGACGACAGCGAUGACGACAACGACAGCAGCGAUGAUGACGACAGCGAUGACGAGUUCGCCUUCAGCCUGUCGUACAGGUUCUAGAUCCGGCAAACUUCCAUCUAAUUUCUUCACAAUCUCUUGACAGGGUAUGUAGUUGGGUUUCUUUUCCACCGCGGUUCCGUGGUCGGUCGUGUCCGUUGGUGUUGCUCCGUGUUUUCGGAUAGGGUUGUGGGAGCAGGAGGUGAUGGGUGGGUGUGCAGGGAAGGAGACACGAGACGGAUUAGGCGCGGAAGGGAGUGGGAGGAAAUGCCGAAACGUGUCGUUGAGUCUUUCGUGGUGUCGACUUGAUGUUUGUUUUUGUGCAUUCCGUGAUAUAUUUCGGCGGAACGGGUUGCCGGUAUAUCGAUCAACCCGAGAGCUGCGUGCUACUAUAGCUCUUUGUCUGUUUCUUUGCUUAGCUGCGGCGGCGCUACACACACCAUGCGGAGGAACGCUCCUCAAUCGCCUUGGCGAGAAUGCUGCAUUCCUGUUUUAAUUUAGCUGCCGGCAACACUCGUGAAUGUUGUCUUGUUUGGAGAACACGUUCUUGACCGUGUGCUACGUCUUGGUACGGCGCCAUUUUAUUGUCAUCGCGUCUCUCGCGACAAUUUUUGGCGCCCUCCCAUCUCUCCGUGGAAGAUUUUCGAAUUUCUUUCGCUAUGACACCCAUCCAUCUCCAUCUUGUGUUGUACAAUUAUUGGUUGAGGACAGUAGUGCGUUCGAUUGGGUUGGACCAAACAGUUUGUAGGAGUUGUGGAUAACGAUCGCGUUGCAUUGUUGGUCGUUAGUGUUGUCCAUUCGUUGUAUCGUUAGGUGGCGCAGCUUUUCUUGCGCCGCAUGUUGUCCUUUGUAGGAGAGCAUCAGCAAAGUAAUGCUUCAAUCAACAACAGGCUCUUUAUAUUGCUGCCUUGUUUCUACACCAGGGCUGGUGUUGAGGCAGUUAGUUGUCCACCCCCCUCCCCGAGACUGCCCUGGUUUCCGUUCCGGGUCUCCCGCCACCGAGAAAUGAAUGAUGAGGAA